GUGAUUCUAUGGUCGUGAAAAUAAAAUGGCGGAAAACAGCAAAUCCAAAGCAUUGCUGCGCUUUUUGUAAGAUUUGAGAUUUUCGAACUUCGAUAUUUCCGAUCGUGCGGGAAUGUCAAAAAUAAUUUAAAUCACAAUUCACAACAAAAACAAGUAACAACAUAUAAGUUUGUUUUUAUCGUAGCUAAGUAUACAACUACAAGGUUUUCAUUCAGUUUUUUAACAUAAAAGUUUCUUUAAUUAUUCUGUAAAGCCAUGAGCACACAAAAAAGUGUUUGGAAGUCAUUAAAAUAUGUAAAGAAUAACUUGGUAACGUAAUUAUUAUUUGCAAACAAAAUUUUGUAGAAAAAAAAAACAUGGAACACAAUAAUAUAUUAUAUAGUGGUUAAGACAGAAGUACAACCUAAUGGAGACAUCCUUUUAUACUAUGUUGACGAAAACAAUGGAAACCAAGGUACUUUGGAAUCCAGUUACCAGAAUGUCCAGAUAUUGCCAGACUCUUACAUGGUGGAAGAUUUUGUUGAUGAGGAUUCACCAGACGAGUUCGAAAUAGCCCAAGCAACUGAACAAAUUGCCAGAGAAAAAUGGCUGGACGAGGACAUAAGGAGACUCAUAACCUUCUUCAUAGAUAAUAAAGAAACAUUUCUAAGUGGAACCACUAAGAAAAUUCACUUGUGGGUUGUUGCUUGUAAAACUAUGUUGACAGAUAAAAAACCUAUUUCAUGUGAAGCUAAGUUCAAUACUUUGAAGAAAAAGUACACACAACUAUGUAUUGAUAAACAGAAUGGGGUAAAUAUAACUUGGCCGUUCUUUGAUCUAUGCCAUCAGGCCUUUCACGAUGAUCCCAGUAUCAAAACACAUCUAAGACAAGCUAGACAGGACACAGUGGUUGUUAACAUGCCAGUACAAAACAUUGUUAACCAAAACGGAGUAUUCUUUGUAAAGAAAGUUAAUACUGAGCAAAAUAAAGACACAAAGGUUGAAUUGAUGCUCAAUUUGUAUUUGAAACAUAAGAAAAAUAUAAACAAUCAAAGAUCACAUAAUAUUUCGAAAGCAAUGUGGGAAGCAAUAGCGAUGGAAAUAGGAGAAGAGGAUGCAGAUUACUGGCAUAAACGUUUCAUGAAUUUCAAACAGCAUUAUAUUCGGAUGGUGUAUAAACGUAACGAAAGUGGUGCUGAAGCUAUAAGCUGGCCUUAUAUGGGAUAUUUUGAUCAAAUAUACGAUGACGACUUAGAUUUUCAGCAAAAGUUUGGCACGCAAGAUGAUAAAAAAGUCGAUGUUACAGUUAUGAUAGAAAGCUCUGAUAAACUUUGGAAUGAUAUGGAAAAAACGUUCUUGGUGAAAUAUUAUUUUGACUGCUUCAACGAAUUCCAAGAUCCAACGAUACCGAAAAAGUUUCUAUGGCAGGAAGUUGGUAGGUUAAUUGAUAAAGGACCUGAAAUGUGCAAGCAGAAGUAUGAGGAACUUAAGAAUUCCCAUUUUGAUAAACUUUUAGCAGACGGUUAUGAUUUGUAUGAAAGAGCACCUUUGGAUAUACUUUUCGAUAACAUUAUAGCUAAGGAAGCUGAAAUUGAGAUAGAGAAAGGAGUUGAGACAUCCGAAUUAUGGAAGGUUGAACAAAUUGACGAGUUAGUACAAUACAUAUAUAAUAACAGUAGUAUGGUCAAAGAUCCUGUAUGUUAUUACGUAUGUUGGUCUGUUCUUGCUAAAAAAUUCCAAAGAAGUAUUUACUCUUGCAAAAUGCAGUGGGAUGAGUUGACAGCCAUUUAUAAAUCAGCUUUAGAUGAUAAGAAGGAAAAUCCAGAUAUGCAAAUUACUUGGAGAUACAUAGACUUGUUUGACAGAAUAUUUGACUAUGGAAUGGAUACAAAUUUACUUCAUGGGUAUAAGAAAACUGUUGACAAAGCUUUGCUUAAUAAGCCCUUGAAAUUAGCAGCUAAAAGAAUAAUAAUCAAAAACAACGACGAAAAAUUAGACGACGUGUGUGAAAUAUGUGACGACGAGGAGUCCUACGACGAGAGAGGCUUCACCAAACGCACCAAGAAACGUAUUGGCGACGAAAAAGCCUUUAAAAUUCUCGAGUACUAUCUAAAAAAUAAAGACAAGUUUGCCUCGUCGCUUCAUAAGAAAUUGGCUCUAUGGGAGAAUUUAGCAAAGCAAAUAGGGAUUUCGGCCACGGAAUGCGCACAUAGAUUCCGAAAUUUCAAACAGGUUUACACAAGUUACGUUCAACGUGAAAUAAACAAGCCGGAAAAGCCAAUUUUAUGGCCCUACUAUACUCUAUGCAAAAAAGUGUUUGGCUACCGAGCCAUCAAAACAAAACUCAAGAACGGUAAAACCGAUACUGACGACGAAGAAGAUUGGUCUGCGAAAGAAAUCAAACAAGUUAUUAACUACUUUGCGCGAAAUUACUGUACUUUUAUUGAUGAGGUUGAAGAUAAAAAUAAGUGGAGCAAUUUGGCGCACGAAUUAGGCAGAUCAGCUUCGAGUUGUUGUGAAAAAUUCCUUGAGUUGAGAAAGUCUUAUCGAAAGUUGAAAACUAUGAAGGCAAGGAAUCCAGACGUGAAAGUAUCCUGGAAGUAUUUCAACAUGAUGGAUGACAUUUACAAGACAGGCGCUCAAGAUUUUCAGGACGUCGAGGUUUUGGAGGAAAUGGACGUUGAUGAGAACGGAUACGAGUAUGAUGAAGACACUGUGGUUCAAGAAGACGACGAUUUUCAAUGUAUCAUCGUCAUGCCGGAAGGUGAAGAUGACAUAAACAACGCACAAAUCAUACUGCACGAGCAAGAACACAUUCCAAACGACGCGGACGUGAACAAUGUCGAUGUUAAGACCGUAAACAAACAAAUCAUUACAAAAUGGAACCUACGGAGCAAAACACGACUUCUCAAACUAUACUUUAAAUAUCUAAAAACUCAUAAAGGUCAAGAGAUAAAUUCAAGGGACAUGUGGACGGAAAUAGCAUCGAAAAUGGUCGAAAAAACACCUGUAUCCUGCCAAAAAAUGUUCAUAAAACUGAAAAAACUUCUGAAUGACACCAAUAUUACACCGUACCACAAUUUGUUAGAAAAAAUUUCGGCUGUGAAGCCAAAAUUUAAAAAAGUGUCAAAAAAUCAAGAUUUGGAUUCAAUAAAAGUGUUCAGUGACGUACAAAUGGAUGAUCUCAAAGUCUAUAAUGCUUUGCAAUAUUACUUACAGAAUUUAGAAGAUUUUGUGAGCCCGAAAUUCGAAAAGAAAUAUCUAUGGACCGAACUUGCCAAAUACAUUUCGGAGCCUGUCAUCAAAAUUUUUAACAAAAUCAACUAUUUGAAGAUAACUUUUAAUAACGAAUCGUUCACGCCUUUUAACGAUAUCCUUCAAGAAAUAUUAAUAAAAGAAAAUGCUUUGAAAGAGGCUAUAAGUAACGAUUUACCAACUUUAGAAACUGAUGAUAUUGAAGAAACUUGGUCUGAUAUUGAAAUCGAGCGGUUGCUAACUUGGUAUUUAGCGCAUUUGGAUAAAUUUAAAAAUCCCAAAUUCGUAAGAAGUUAUUUAUGGAUGGAGGCUUCAGAUAUUUUGAAAAAAAGUCCCUUGGUUUGUUCCAAGAAAAUGUUGGAAAUAAGGUCCCAAUAUAGAGCAAUGGUCAAGGAAAGUCCAGAGGCAUUGGACGAUUGGAAGUUUUAUAAUCUGUGUCAACGUAUCUAUGGUACUGGGAAAAGGAGCACAAAUAAUUAGGAAAUAUAUAAUGAACCAAUAACCCUUCUGGAGAGGAGGCCGGUGUUCAGUAGUGGGCCGGCGUGCGGUUAUAGGUUGAUCAUGGUGAACCAUCUCCCUUAAGCGGUGUUCCCACUAGAUUUCGACAUGGAGUUAUUCUAGGUUCAACAAAUUCCUGAAAGGCCAGCAAGGCAUUGGCGGUUCCUCCAGUGCUGCAAAUGUUCAUGGAUGGCGGUAAUCACUUAACAUCAGGUGUUCCGCCAGCUCGUUUGUUAUAUUUAAAACAAAAUACAAGCUAGCCCGCUCUGGCUUCGCUCUCAUUGAAUCCCUUAAAAGUCUUAGUGGGGUUACAUUUUAUAGAAAACUUACAUCCUUAAAUAUAUAUUUAUUGCAAUCAUGAAAAAAUUAUGAAUACAAAGUUAUAUCAAGCCCGAGAAAUGUACCCACAGCGGCACUAAAGUGACUUUUCUCUUAUGAAAGAGAUAGAUAGGUAAGAGUUUACGGGAUAGAAAGAGAGGCGUUUAUUAAAUAAGCCGCAGCGUUGUGCGAGCUAAAUUGCACUUUAUUGCGUCGUAACAAGAAUCGCUAUUUAUUAAAACUUUAGACAUCCUUCUGUACCGGGAAGGUACUAUUAUUUUCUUACCCGACUACGCAAAGCCAAAAGGAAGGGUUAUGAUUUUAGCAGUCUAUACGUGUAUGUGUGUUUUUAAUCUGUAGUUAUAUUCGUAUUCCUAGGAUUACAAAUAAAAUGCAAAUAUAAUUGUCAAAUAAAUACAAUAAUAAUAAUUUAAAUAAACUGUAAAUAUUAUAAUUAUUACUAAAUUAUGGAUAUUUUUUUGAAUUU